AUGCAGUCAGUGGCAUGGAUGGACGAAGCUGGCAAGUCCUUUUUACCUUAUAUGGCUCUUCUGCAGGAGGGCAUUCCUCCAACCGAAUUUGAUGCCUGGAUCUUGGCCUGUGGGUGUGGGAUACAAAGUGCAAGCAGUUUACAACUUGCAGAAAAUGAAGUUCCAAUCUCACAACAGCCUUUUCUAUAUCCAGUUGUGUCUAGACUUCAAAGAAGCAGUGCAAGUUUUCUUGCUGUUCAGGAAACAUUUUUAUCAGGAAUGGGGCCAUUUGCAACACCUGCUAGCAUAUUAGAUAUCUAUGCGUGCAAUGGUCGACAUAGGCUGGAAGCCUUUGAGAGACAAAUAGAGUUCACUGCUAGGGAACGUGGGAAUGCAAAUGUGAAGUAUGGAUGGUAUGGCUCAACAGACAACCGCAUAACCGAAGCUCUUAUAAAUGGUUUUGGCCACAGUGGGAGGCUCAGUGAAGUAGGAGUUCUAGGCACUGGCAUCUAUUUGACACCUCAGGAUCGUGCUUUUGCCAGCAUUAGACUCUGUGAAGUGGGAAGUGGAGUACAACAUAUGCUGCUUUGCCGGGUUAUCAUGGGGAAUGUAGAGCAAGUCCGGCCAGGAUCAAAGCAAUACUGCCCUAGAAAGAAAUAUGAUAUGGGUGUUGACAAUGUUCUAAAUCCAAAGUGUUACAUUGUGUGGUCUACACAUCUGGACAAAUAUAUCUACCCAGAGUACAUGGUCCGUUUUGCACUGCCCUCAAGAAACAAGGAGUACUUGUGUGGACUAAAGGAUAUAAGGUUCCAUGUGGAAGAUCACAAGGCUUGGUAUGAAUUAGCGGGGUCAUUAGAACCUUUUGCACUGCUGUAUGUAGAACUCCAUGAGAGGAUAGCUCCUUGGGCUAGGAGAUUGUUUCUUCAUUAUCUUAUGGAGUUUAAGGUAUGUCACGAGAAUUUUGGGUUGAAAUUUGAAUUAGCCUUUUCUUUUUUCCUUUUUUUAAGGGAGAUACUGGUUUCUUUGACAGAGGGAUAUAAUAACUCGAGAACUUCUAAUCAUGAAAAUGGGUUCAUUUGUUCAAGAACUGCUGCCAGCACCUGAAACAGCCACAGGAAGAGGGAAUGAUCAUAUGGCAUCUUCCAUCAUUCCUGGUAACACUUUUGGACCAGGAAUGGAGUCUACUUCAGCAAUGAUGUGUAGGAUUACUUUUCUUGCAAUGGCUACAGAAAACAGAAGUACUGGAAUGACACAGCCUGGUGAUUCUGCUUCAAGACAGUAGCAAAAUCAUGG